AUGAUUAACCUUUUUCCGUUCACUUCAUUUUUUAAUUCCUUUCGUUAUGAGAAAUUACCCAAGCGGCUAAUUGAGCAUGUGAUUAAGGCAGGGACCUUCUGCCGGACCAUGCUCCCCGUCUUCAUCCCCCUAUGUAUGUAUCAGUACAUACGGCAGGUGGACAAAGAACGAUACGCAGAGGAACUGCUGUUCGAGUCAAACCCACACAGUGACGUAAAAAGCUUUUACGACUCCACAAUGAAAAGCAGCGGAACGAAGAACUGGAAGAUCCAGUAUGACUUGUAUCUCAUAGAUAAGGCAGUUAACUCGUGA